AUGGCCGGGCGGGUAAAAAGACGUUCGUCCUCCAUGCCGGCACGGAGGAGAAGAAGAGGACGGCGGGGAACGAAAGACACGCCGUUCAGCAGCCUUCCAGAUGACACUAUAGCCGACAUCCUCCUCCGCUUGCCGGCCGAGUCCGUCCUCUGCGCCGGCGCCGUCUGCAAGGCGUGGCGCUCCUUCACCACCGACCCGUCAUUCCUCGCCGCCCACGCCCGCCUCCAGCAGGCACAAGUUGUCAUGUACUCGUACCUGGACGAGGGGCCGUACGAGCUGGCGCUGGACGUGGUCCCUUUCUCCGGUGACGACGACGAGGCUGCCCGGAGGCGCCUCAUCCGUUACCCCAGGACGACGCGCACGCGCUUCCUUCUCCUUGCCUCGUGCAACGGCGUCCUCCUGUUCCGCAAGUCCCAUGGUUCCUUCCUGAGCUUCCUCCUCUGCAACCCCGUGACAAGGCAGUGGGCUGAGCUCCCUCGCGUCGGCCGCUUUGGGGAGGCGGAGUACCAGUACGCCUUCUACUCCCACCAGCCGUCCGGUGAGUACCGCCUCUUGCUCCGCCGCGGCCUUUCGUGGCUCAUCCUCUCCACCGGCGCCGCCGAGCCACGGCGCGUGGACAUGCCCCCCGGGACAUCGAUCACCAACUCGCUGGUGACGGCACCGCCCGUCGCUCUCGGCGGCCGGCUGCACUGGCCGCCGCGCGUCGUCGCUGGCGCGGGCAUGACGACGACGACGUCGGAGAUGAUGGUGUUCGACACGGUGUCGGAGACGUUCCACCGGAUGGCCGGGCCGCCGACGGCCACCGCCGACAUGGUGAAGCUGUUCGAGAUGGAGGGGCGCCUGGCCGCGGCCGACUUCGGGGAGGAGGAGCACGUGGACCUCUGGUUCCUCGACGACUACGACGUCGGGAGGUGGGAGCGCCGGCACCGGGUGGCCACGGCGUGGGAACCCGACGGCGUCUCCAGGGGGCCGCCCCAGGAAGCUGGAGACCUGGUGUGCGUGGCCGCCGCGGGCGACGGCGAAGGCAACGUCAUGCUCGGCAGCCACCUCUGGCUGGCGGUGUACAACCUGAGGACGAAGACGGCGAGGACCGUCGACUCCGUGGUCGAGGCGGAGAACGACGUGCUGGUGUCACGGCAUGUGUUCAGCGCGAGCCUGGUGCGCCACCCGAGCUUCGCCGCCCGGUCCACCGCCGACUUGGGGCUCACCUUCUCCUGGAGCUAG